AUGGGUACUUCUGUUUCGGUUCCCGAGAGAUCCGUCCAUGAAUUCACCGUCAAGCAUGGGGAAUCACAGGAUAGCUCCGGCAAGGACGUGAAUUUGAGCAUAUACCAAGGGAAAGUCCUCCUCCUUGUCAAUGUCGCUUCCAAAUGCGGGUUCACCGAAUCCAAUUAUACCCAGCUCACCGAACUUUACCGGAAAUACAAGGACCAAUGGUUUGAGAUCUUGGCAUUCCCUUGUAACCAGUUUCUUUACCAGGAGCCCGGCACGAGUCAAGAAGCUCAUGAUUUUGCUUGUACACGGUUUCAGGCCGAAUACCCUGUUUUCCAAAAGGUAGGUCUUCUCUUUCUAGUGGUUACAUGACGCUUGGAAUUUAUACCUAAUUAUAUAGCACCUCAGCUAAUAUCCAUCUCAUUAUGUUAGGUAGGUAGCUAUGACUUGUUUGUGGUAUUUUUGGAACAAGUGUAACCAGAAAUCCAUAUGUGCUUCAACAGUUACCAUCUGCACCUGAUUGAUUAUUGUUAGUAAUAUAUAUAUAUAUGAUGGACCAAGUGUGUGUUAUUAUGAGAUUAUGUACGCGUAAACGGCCAAAACGCGGCACCACUCUAGAAGUUCCUUAAGGCAAGUAAACCCACUUUUUUGGGGUCAAGAAUUAAGUGGAACUUCACCAAAUUCUUGGUCAGCAAAGAUGGCAUAGUGAUUGAUCGUUAUGGCACGAUGGUUACACCUCUGUCCAUCGAGGUAUGCAUUCUUUACGUAUCAAAAUAAAUUGUCUUAUGCUAUAAAUUGUAAUUGUCCUGACUUGUGCUCCGGUUUCAUGUGUUUGUGUGUAAUAAACAGAAAGACAUCAAGAAAGCUCUAGAAAAGGCUUGAAACAGCAAACGGGAUGAUCAAAAUAGCAUCAUUCUAAGUUUAUAUCACAAAAAUAACACUCAAAAACUAAAAUGAUCAAAAUAGCACCUUUUUAAGUUUAUCCUUUGAAAAUUUUAAUUUUU